UCCCGCCCCUCGUCAUUCCCGGCCGCCUUUGGAACAACAACUUUAUUAGCUCCUGCCGCUAUGCGCAGAAGCGGUAAGGAGGAGAGGAGAGGGGACUUGUCGGCCUGCCGGCCUACCAAGGACUAACCCUGCUAAGCGGGGAAUCGCCUUAACCAGACGAGAAGGUGCAGAGACGAGAAUAAAGACGGGGGCAACUCAGACGACUGGGGAAGGAGUGAGACGAGAAAGCAAGGCCUUUAAGCCGGGCGGGACUCGGGAGGGGAGGGGGAGGGGGUGGGGAGCGAAGCCGGAAGCCGGGAACUACAAGUCCCGAAAGGCUUAGCGGCUAAGUCCCGGAUGCCGUGGCGUGAAGCCUGAUGGGACAGGUAGUUUUGCGAAGGACUUAACGUAGAGGUUUGCGAGGUUGUACGGCCUGAGACCCGCGGCGCCCGGAGCGGGAGACAUGGAACUGGAGCAGAGAGAGGGGACCAUGGCAGCUGUGGGCUUUGAAGAGUUCUCAGCGCCGCCAGGCUCGGAGUUGGCACUGCCUCCGCUGUUCGGUGGUCACAUCUUGGAGAGCGAGCUGGAGACGGAGGUGGAGUUCGUGUCUGGGGGUCUGGGCGGCUCGGGGCUCCGGGAGCGAGAUGAAGAAGAGGAGGCCGCCCGCGGCCAGCGGCGGCGCCAGCGGGAACUAAAUCGUAGGAAGUACCAGGCGCUAGGGCGGCGCUGCCGGGAGAUCGAGCAGGUGAACGAGCGGGUCCUGAACAGGCUCCAUCAGGUGCAAAGGAUAACACGGAGACUUCAGCAGGAGCGGAGCAGGCGGCAUCCCUCUCUGAGCCCAUUUCCCGUCUCACGGAGGUGGCUCAAAUCUUGUGGCUGCUGAGGAUUGAACAGGAGCUCAUGGGAGGAGCCCAGCCCAGAGCCUCCCGCCACGCGCCGUGUCCCCGUGUCUGGAAUGCGCUGUGACCCGGCCAGUCCUCAGGCCUGCACUCACCUGACCCACAGGAUGCGCCCGCCCUCAGGCACCUCCUUGGUGUCCAGGUCCCUCACUCACCUGCUCUCCCUGCUUCCUGGCCAUUCCUCGCCCCAGCACCCCAGGGCUUGGCCCUGGGUCCCCCCACGUCCACACCUCCGCUCUCCAGCUGGUAGCCGCAGGUGGCGACUUAACCCGAGACUUCGUUAAAAUUGAAACUUAACGUUGGUCACAAUAAAUUUUAAUUCACUGGA